AUGGUAUCAACUACAGACUCUUUAGUUCUAAAAUACAAAGAUCUUUUCCGUAAGACGACUCAACAUCCUUUGACAAACGAGUUAUGCCUCGGAACGCUUCCUGACCGAAUUCUAUAUGUGUACCUGGCCCAGGAUCUUCAGUUCUUUGAAUCUGGUCUAAGAGGAAUGUGCAAUGCUGCAUCGAUGACGCCAGAUACAAACAGUUUACUCACUUUGUCGAAACAAAUAGGUCAUUUUGCUAAUGCUGAAAAUGAUUAUUUUCAUGAAUGUUUGUCCGAGAUAAAAUCAAGUGUUACUGAUGAAGAGCAGAAAUACUACUCAACGCAGUAUCUUCCAGAGGUCAAAGUAUACAUGGAUUUUCUCAUCGAGAAAAGAUCGGAUCGCAAGAAAUAUGCUUAUCCACAAUUGGUAGCAGCUAUGUGGAUUGCAGAGUUAGUCUAUUGGACCUGGGCACACGAUUCUCCAAGAGCGAAAGGGCUGCAUUGGAAAUACCAAACAUGGAUUGAUCUGCAUGACGGGGAAAAGUUCGAAACUUGGUUGAGAUUUUUGAAGGAAGAAGUUGACAAAUUGAAGGCUGCAGAUAUAGAGGAUAUGUUCAAAAAAACUCUGGAACUAGAGUACGAUUUUUUCCAAAGCUGCUAUACGGCCUGA